CAGCACCAAUUACGUGACUCUACCGGCAAAUCUAAUAAUCAUCAACGUCGCAACGGAACAGUGCCAAGGAUUGGCAAUGAGAAUGCGUUCGAUGACCCCAGCCCUGGUGCUAGUGCUAGCUGCCAGCAUGUUACACCUAACGAUAGCACAAGAAAUGCCGUACUACAUGCACCGCUGCGAACGAAAUAAUCCCGAAGUGAACGAGUGUCUACGAUAUGCUGCCAAUAAACUGACACGACAUUUGCGGGACGGUGGAAUUCCGGAGAUCGGAAUCGUUGACGUGGAACCGGUUGUCGUCGAUGAGAUCAGUAUUUCCCUGGGAAGCGGACCUGAUGGCUACAGGGCAUCUUUCAAGAACAUUGAAGCUUUUGGAGUUAGUAAUUUAACGUUCGUCAAUGUGCGCUCCGACAUCGACACGCUGCAGUUUCAGCUUACAAUCGAAAUUCCAAAGAUCAAAGCCCGGGCACAGUACAAAUCUUCCGGGGUUCUGUUGUUGCUGCAAGCCUCUGGUUCCGGAGAAUACUGGGGAGAAUACGAUGGCGUCAAGGCGAAAAUCUACAUGAAAUCCUCACCGUAUCAGGGUGACGACGGCCUAACCUACGUCACAGUGGAUCAAACCAAGAUGGACUUUAGUGUGAAGGACAUCAAAAUGGGUGUUGAGAACGUCUCCAACCAGAAUGCAAUCAUCCAUGCCGCAAUGAACCUGUUCAUCAACACAAACGCCCAGGAGCUGCUGAAGGAGAUGAAACCACAGCUGCGAUCAAAGCUUACUGAACAUUUGCACGAUUUCAUGCAACGGUUGUUCGAUAGAAUUCCACUCGAAUACUGGCUCGAGUGAAGGAAACCGAUUAUGCUUUUUCGAAAGUUCCAGCGACUGAAUCUCUUCUCAUGCACAAACAAAAAGAUAAAGAAAAGAAAUCGCACCCCUCCCCUUUCUUCCCUUCAUAUUGAUAGGUUUUAGUGAAGUCACAUUUCUGUUUAUUUAUCGUGAUCAAUUUGCAUUUAGUGUAUGUUGGAACGUGUUAUCUGCUAUGUCAGACAGGAUGGCAGUAUUUACAUUUGCUCUCGGAAGAUGUUCCCUGUUAUCUUACAAGU